AUGAGAAGAAGGAGGAGAAGAAACAAGACCACAGAUGAAGAAGAGGACGAUGGUUAUGAUGCAGAUAAGAGGAAGGAUCAAGUCGUAGAGAUAAAGUGUACCAAGGAGGCCAAGAUGAAGAGGGAAAAGAAGACGAUGAAAAAGGCGAUUAUGGCGACCAUGGCGAUCUGCGAAAAUUUCGUUGAGCUUGGCAGAACUUCCAUCCAACCCCACUUUAAGCCUGUUGCACACUACAUCGGUCAAGAUCGCAAUGUGAUUCUAUGCAUAAAGGACCUCACAGAUGGAGUGGUGGUCGACGGAGAGGAGCUUACACCUAGGGCUGUCAAGGACUACAACAGAGGGCGCCAGUACCUGGCUGACGUGGCCAGCCGUGAGCGCGUCCCGAUAUUCGAGGAUGUGACGGAGGCGACACAUGCACUUGUGGAAAGGAUCAAAAGAGACCAAGAGAAAGUGAUGAGGGAGAAUCCGUCUCCCUCCCACCAUGCGUGUCACAUCCCUGCCACCCCCCAGAACCCUGGGGAUCCUAGGUCGCCCAUGUCCUCCUGUCUUGGACUAUGACUCUAACACGAGCCGAUCAAGCAAAGGCCCUCCUCCUUUCCGACUUGCCACACUCCUC